UUUUAGGUGGUCCAGGAAGCAUGAAAGGUAUCUUAACUCAAGAGCUUGCACAAGAGUUCGAUUUUAUCACUAUUGGAAUUGAGGAUGUAAUCUUCUCUUAUUUGCCUCAAAAAGAAGCUAAUACUGUUCAAAAUACUGUGGAAAUAAACGAACUGCUGCGCCGAAAUCCUGGCAUAAUUAAUCUUCGUUGGGUCCUUCAAAUGGUAGGAGCUAAAAUAGCCACAGCUCACACAAAUGUGCAGAUUUAUUGUGGAUAUUGUUCCAGAAUUGUCAUUUAUUCUAAAAUCUGCAGCGUUUACAGCUCUGGAUCAUAGG